AAUAUUAAAUCGAGACUCAUGAAUCUUUGGAUGAAAUACUCUUGUUUUUCCUAUGUUCAUUCUCGUGUAUCUGGUAGGGUUUUCAGGUUUGAAUUCGGUGAGAACAUUGGUUUUGGGAGGCCUUGGUAGCUUGAAUUUGGAACAAUCACAAUGCCUGGGUUUAAGACUGUCUUUAAUGGUUAUGCAGUCAAGUUUAGCCCUUUUGUGGAGACUCGUUUGGCUGUGGCAACGGCCCAGAAUUUUGGUAUCAUCGGCAAUGGUCGGCAGCAUGUCCUGGAACUUACUCCCAAUGGAAUCAUUGAGUUUUGUGCUUUUGAUACAGCAGAUGGGCUGUACGAUUGUGCAUGGUCUGAGUCCAAUGAAAAUCUAGUUGUUUCGGCCAGUAGCGAUGGUAGUGUCAAGAUUUGGGACUUGGCACGCCCUCCUGCUGCAAAUCCAAUUGGUAGUCUGGAAGAACAUGCUCGUGAGGUUUACUCUAUUGAUUGGAAUGCUGUUAGAAAAGACAGUUUCUUAAGUGGUUCUUGGGAUGAUACAAUCAGGCUCUGGACAAUUGAUAGACCUCAGUCCAUGCGUGUAUUUAGAGAACAUACUUAUUGUGUGUAUGCGGCAGUCUGGAACCCUAGACAUGCAGAUGUGUUUGCUUCGGCUUCAGGGGAUUGCACUGCGAGGGUUUGGGAUGUGAGAGAACCCAAUUCGACAAUUAUAAUUCCAGCUCACGAUCACGAGAUUCUCUCUUGUGAUUGGAACAAAUACAAUGAUUGUAUGCUUGUGACUGGGUCUGUUGAUAAACUGAUAAAGGUAUGGGAUGUUAGGACAUACAGGACUCCAGUUACAAUUUUGCAAGGACAUACAUAUGCAAUCCGGAGAGUCAAAUUUUCGCCCCAUCAGGAAAGUCUUAUUGCAUCUUGCUCUUAUGAUAUGACUAUGUGUAUGUGGGAUUAUAAAGCUCCAGAGGAUGCUCUUCUAGAGCGCUAUGAUCAUCAUACUGAGUUUGCUGUAGGAAUGGAUAUGAGUGUUCUUGUGGAAGGUCUACUGGCAAGCACUGGAUGGGAUGAAACUGUUUAUGUCUGGCAGUUUGGAAUGGAUCCUCGAGCUUUAUAAAAAGAUGUUUUGAGCUACAAGGGUAUUUUGUAUCACUCUAUUAGACAACUCCAUUUGUUGUUGAAUUUACACACGGAACAAGGCACCUACGCUCCCCUUAAUUAAUGUACGCCUGCUAGCCCUUCCCGUACAAUUCUAUGGAGCAUUAUUGUGGGAGGAGGAAUAAGAUAUUUUGCUACCCUGCACCAUGAAGGCAUUGUAAAUGAAUGUUUCUUAGAGCCUCGUACAAGGUUUGGGAGCUCUUUGUAAUGUAAGAGCACCAAGGAAGCGGAUGCUUCAUGGUUGGGUGGAAAAUGUGCUUGGGCCACAUGUUCAUCUCACAAGAGCAGAUGGACAGGAAUCCAUGACGAUUGGAGACAAUCCUUAUAGUAUCAUUAUUUUCAUCAUAUCAUGUAUUUCAACCUUGUAGUCAGCAAUGUAUAAAUUGUAAUAUUGACUUGUAGUCACUUUAUUAUGUACAUAACCAAAUUGGUCUUACAUUUAUAUUGUAUCUUGAAUAUAGAUAAUUUUGAAUUAUGAACCUUGUUGUAAUAUGAAAAUGAU